CACAGCACACAGGCUGGGACAUAUAUAUAUCUAAAGGUUGCUUCCAGUUUCAGUCUAGGAGAGGAUUUACUUUGAAGAAGCGGAGGAGCUCACAAGUCUUUAUUUUGCUCCCGUCCCCUCGGUGCCAUGACGUCGCAGUAUGCAGCUUUGACCAGCCUGUUUGGUAAUGACCCUUUCCUGAGCCAGGACAGACUGCUGUGGCCCCUUGGCCCCGAAGUGGCCCCGGCUCUGUCCGCUCUGCAGCAGGACUUCUUCGGCCGGAGGGCCGAGCUGGCCGACAGCCUCCUGAGGGAGCUCCGCGAGGGGCCCCACCUCCUCAAGCUCCGCAAGUUUCCCAUCGUUUCCUCCAGCUUGGCAAGGCUGUGUGAUGAUAAAGAGUACAUGAGGGAGGCGGCCAGCUCAGAGCCGCACAAAGACGCCCAGCAGCCCUGUGAGAACAGCGGUGAUCUCCUGGUGACGCUGGAUGCGCGAGGCUACUCCCCUGGGGACAUCACUGUCAGAGUGGAGGGGCGGAGCCUGGCGGUGGUGGCCAUGAAGCAGGCCGGAGCAGAGGAGAGCCAGUGCUCCUCCUCCUCGUCCUCCUGCGCCUCCUUUUCGGCCUCCGCCUCGUCUCAGACAGGAUUCGUGCAGAGGAUCGACCUGCCCCGCCACCUGGAUCUGUCCGGCCUCUCCUGUUCCCUGAUGGACGACGGGCAGCUUCGGAUCCACGCGCCCGUGGCCAAGAAUCAGCCAAUCAGCGAGGAGCGCCAGGUGCCCGUCCGUUUCAGGACGUCGCUGGAGUUUCCCAUCAAAAAGGACGGCACGGAGGAGCCGGAGCAUUCCAGCUCAUGCUCAUGACUCAAACACUGUGCUGCUGAAGAGCCACGCACAAAGGGUUUACAAAUGUUACACCAAAAAACUGAAUUUUAUUAAUUUUUUUAUAUUUUCUGUUUGCAUAAAGUCCAUUAAAAAUAACUCAAUGAA